CAGCUAAUGGAGGCCUAUAUACGGCAAAAGCGGGCAGCACCAGGUAUGGUGCAGGCAAGCGAUCUCCAGCUUGUCCGACCAAUGUCAGGCGUCAAUCGGAACGGUCGCGAAGUGCACGCGUACGACGGCCCGAUGCAGUUCAUGAUGUCACCGAGCAAUCCGGACCAAAUCAUGCCCACCUCUCCAGUCGGUCCUGUGCCAUCGGCGACUGGUCCUAACAUCACCACGACCUCACUCACGAUGACCCCAACGUCGCCCUAUAGCGAUUCAACGACGGAAAAACUGACACCAUCAUCGCAGGACAGCGAGGACGAAGAGAGCACACCGGUCGACAUUCUGCCCCUCUCCACGUCCACCAAAUCCCCAACGGGCCGUGAUGGAAACACGAUCCUGUACGAGCGCCCAACAGCGGACCAGCUGUUGUCGCACUCGGCACCGAUUUCACCAGCGCUCAACAACAACAACAACCACCACCACAUGAACAGCGGCAGCGGUAACCUGAAAUCGAGCGAAGACUCCGGAACACCCCCGAACGGUGGCAGCGGAGGACCGCCCGACACGGAGGGUGACGUUAUCGGACCGAUCGAGCAGUGGGUCACGCAACCGGCCGCCCAGGGCGUGCUGUACAAGUGCCGGAUCACGCGUGACCGCAAAGGCAUGGACCGGGGCCUGUUUCCCAUCUACUAUCUGCACCUCGAGCGGGACUACGGCAAGAAGGUGUUCUGUCUCGCCGGUCGCAAGCGGAAGAAGAGCAAAACGUCGAACUACAUCAUCAGCUGCGAUCCGACCGACCUCUCCCGGCAAGCGGACGGUUUCGUGGGGAAGCUGCGCUCGAACGUUUUCGGAACGACGUUCUUCGUGUACGAUAGUGGCACCAAGAACGAUGCGGCAGCGCCUCGACUCGAUCUGGCCGUCGUAAUCUAUGAUACGAACAUAUUGGGCUUUAAAGGACCUCGCAACAUGACGGUUCUGCUGCCUGGAAUGACGGAGGAUGACCAGCGGGUGCAGAUAUGCUCGGUUGAUAGCCAACAGGGCCUGCUAGAUUGCUGGAAAUCGAAGAACAUGGACAAUGUCGUUGAACUGCACAACAAGACGCCGAUCUGGAACGACGAAACGCAAUCGUAUGUGCUGAAUUUUCACGGCCGCGUCACGCAAGCGUCGGUGAAGAACUUCCAGCUGGUGCACGAUUCCGACCCGGAGUACAUCGUCAUGCAGUUUGGCCGGACGGCGGACGACAUCUUCACGAUGGACUUUCGGUAUCCGCUGUGUGCGUUCCAAGCGUUCGCCAUCGCCUUGUCCAGCUUCGACGGCAAGCUGGCCUGCGAGUAGUAACGGUGGCUGGUACGCGUCACGCCGAAGCACCAUACUGCCAGGAUGGGUUCGAGCACCCACAACAUAACCCGACCGGCGUUUGCGGUACGCCUA